AUGUCUACUACAAGAACAACCUCCAGCAUCACCACCACUAAUCCCAUACCAUCGUCAUCACUCACGGAAUCAGCAUCUUCACCACCACGAAAAUCUUUGCUGAAAAAGAAAAACAAAUCUAGUGCUACUUCAGCUCCAUCAAAUCCUAUAUUGGACCGGUACUUGACUACACCCAUUUCUUUUUAUCCGGCAAAACACCAAGAAAACUACUCAUCGACCUCAUCUCUGUUACCUGCGUCGUAUAUUGUCUUGUCGAAAAAUAACGCGAGCACUAGUGAUAAAAGAAAGGGUAUGAAGAGGAAAGAUUACAACGGGGAUGCCACUGCGAUACAAUUCGAGAAGGAUAAAAAGGAGAAAGUGGUGGGAGUGACACGGCCCAAAUCACUAGCCGAGGCCGUUGCUUCAUAUAGUGGAAACAAGUAUGAGUCGCCCAAACAGAAGAAGAGGAAACGGAAAUUGGCAGAGCUUGAAAGACAAGAGCGUGAAAAAAAGAGGAAUUUGGACUCAGAUGACGCUGAGGAGGAAGAUAAUUUAGAGGCUGACAAGAAUGAUGGCGAUGAGGGAGAGGAGGAGAGAGAUGGAGAGGAGUUAUUGGAGCAGCCACCAGCUAAAAAACCAAAGGGAUUGUGGGGGUCACUUAAAUCGCUUUUCGGUGGUGUUGCAAAUGGUCAUGAAGAUGAAGAUGUUGGCGAAGAAAUUGUCGAGGGAGACGAAGCUAAACGAUCUCCGUUCAAUCCAUUACGAAAAAAGGAUUUUAAUGAAUCAUCGUCGCCAUCCACAUCAGCCGACGAAGCAUAUGAUGAUAACUCGCCAUUUACUGGAUUCAGUGAACCAGAGAGAAGUGAAACUGGGGAGGAGGAAGAGGAAGAGGAAGAGGAAGAUCCAGAUUUUGACGACAAGGACGCAGAAGAAAUAAGUGGAGAAAGUAAUGGUAGUGACGAGAGUGACGAUGAUGAAGAAGAUGUGAGCUAUGAAGAUAAUGAAAUGGAAGACAAAGAGUCUUCUCCAGAGGGUACUGCUUCGGCGGAGAGUGAUGUUGGUGAUGGCGAGUACGUUGAUGAAGAUAAGGAUGUUGGCAAAUUGAGACAAGACUUGAAGGUUGACCAAUUAGUCAAUGGACAGGGGAAAGUACACACAAUUACAAGGAGGAGAAACGAGGAAGGUGAAGGAAAGGUGGAUCUAGAGGAACAGGAAGAGCAAGAAGAGGAAGAGACAGAGGAUGGUGGGGAUGCAUUAAAGUUUUUCAAGUCUAGUUCAACUCCACCUACUUCACCAGAGGAUAGCGAUGCACAAAAAUGUUUGGUUCACGAGCAAUAUUAUUCCAUUAAUGAGCUCCCAUCAGAUCGUGGGUCCAAUGGGUCGAAACGUAUAUAUAAAAACUGGCGUCAACUAGCCAAUACCAAACCUCCCGUUGGGUUAUUAAACCACGGGGUCACGUGUUAUAUGAAUUCGGCCAUCCAAUCACUAGUACACAUUCCUGCAUUUCAACAUUAUCUCAAUGAUAUAUACGAGGGUAAAGUUGCCAAUUUAAAGCCGCGAUCAGUUAGUCAAGUGUUGGCUGAACUUUCCAAGAGAAUGUGGAGCCCCAACAAACCCACUGCCAAAUAUAUCAACCCAAAGAAGAUUAUUCAGCGAUUGGAUGAUAUCAAUUGUAUGAUGAGCGAGUGGCAACAAGAAGACAGUCAUGAGUAUUAUAUGAGUUUAAUGUCUCGAUUGCAAGAGGAUAGUGUACCCAAGGGUCAUAAAUUGAAUGAGUCUAUAAUAUAUGACAUUUUCGGAGGGUUAUUACACCAAAAGAUUACGUGUCAACAAUGUCACAAUGUUUCAUCCACAAAGCAAGAGUUUUAUGAUUUGUCGUUGGGGUUGAAUCGGAAAAAAUAUCAAAAUAGUUGUCGAUUCACCAUUGAAAAAUCAAUCAAUGAGUUCUUUAGUGAUGAAGUAAUACGGAAAAAUGAAUCAGAUUCCAAACUGGGUUAUUAUUGUGAACAAUGUCGUGAUUUUACCCAGGCAAAUAAGAUAUCAUCAAUUAUAACUGCGCCGGAAACAUUGACUAUUCAUUUGAAACGGUUCAAGUUCAAUGGAAAUUCCCUGAGUAAAGUGAAGCAAGGAAUAAGUUACUCCAAGUAUCUUGAUUUAACCAAAUACAUGGAUCAAGAGCUGGAAUCAGAAAGAGACGCCAGGGGAGAAGGAGCCAAAGCAAACAAAAGCAUAAGAUCCUCUCCCUCCUCGGCAAAGUAUCAAUUAAUUGCAGUUAUCGUACAUGAAGGAAGAUCGAUAUCAAGUGGUCAUUAUAUUUGUCAUGUGUUGCAACCAGAUGGUGUGAGCUGGAGUACUUAUGAUGAUGAAUAUAUCAAUAGAAUUGACGAAAGAAGGGCCCUUCUGGAUGCAAAUGCGUAUGUGUUGGUGUAUACAAAGUUGACGCCAAAAGUAGAUGUAUAG